GUGCAGAUUAUAGCUCAUUUUUUUGUUAACACCAACAUUAAAUUAGCAAGUUUCCUAUAUUAUAGUUUUGUACCCCUAUUUGUCUAUCUAUAUAUAUAUUAUAAGCCUUUCCUUUUUGAUACUCCAUUGGCAAUUUGGCAUUCUCUCUCUCUCUCUCACACACACACACACAAUCUUAUUUGUCAAUCAUCUUGUUUGUUCAAUGGAGUUGGGCAGUAUUCUCCAGUUCCUGGAAAACAGGUCCAUUCUUGUCACUGGAGCCACUGGCUUUCUAGCAAAGAUUUUUAUUGAGAAGAUACUGAGAGUACAACCACAUGUCAAGAAACUCUAUCUUUUGUUGAGAGCUUCCGACGCAAACUCAGCCAUGCUACGUUUCAACAACGAGAUUAUAGGAAAGGAGCUUUUCAAAGUUUUGAAAGAGAAAAAUGGGGCGAAUAUGAGUAGGCUGAUUACAGAAAAGGUUAGAGUUGUAGCUGGUGAUAUUACCCUUGAGAAUUUGGGGGUGAAGGAUUUAUCUUUGUUGGAGGAAAUGUUGACUGAAAUUGAUGUUGUGGUUAAUCUAGCUGCAACCACCAAUUUUGACGAAAGAUAUGAUGUCUCACUUGGAAUAAAUACUCUUGGAGCCAGGCAUGUUUUGAAUUUCUCCAAAAAAUGCAAAAAAUUGAAGAUUAUGGCACAUGUAUCAACCGCUUAUGUAUCUGGUGAACGGGAGGGACUGAUAUUGGAAACCCCUUAUAUGAUGGGAGAGACGCUGAAUGGGACACGUGGACUCGAUAUUGAUGCUGAGAAGAAAUUGAUAGAGGAAACACUAAAACAGCUCAAGGCUGAUAAUUACGAUGAAGAUUCCAUCAAGUCCAUCAUGAAAGACUUGGGAAUUCAAAGAGCAAGGAAGUUUGGAUGGCCAAAUACAUACGUAUUCACGAAAGCAAUGGGAGAAAUGCUGUUGGGAGAGUUGAAAGAAAACAUACCUCUUAUAAUAAUUCGACCCACAAUUGUGACUAGCACUUACAAAGAGCCUUUCCCAGGUUGGGUUGAAGGUAUCAGGACUGUUGACAGCUUAGCUGUAGGAUACGGUAAAGGCAAACUGACUUGUUUUCUUGGCGACCCCACCACCGUUGUUGACGUGAUUCCAGCAGACAUGGUGGUGAACGCGAUAAUCGUGGGUAUGGCAGCUCAUGGCGAGCAAGCCAAUGAGAGCAUGAGCAUCUACCACGUGGGAUCGUCGGUGUCGAACCCCGUCGACUACGCCUCGCUGCAGACCUACGGCCAGCGCUACUUCAGCGCGCACCCGUGGAUCGACAAACAUGGCAACCCUAUCCUUGUCGGAAACAUCACUGUUUUCAACACUAUGGACUCUUUCCAAAGAUACAUGACGCUUCGUUAUUUACUCCCUUUAAAGGGGCUGCAAAUACUAAACACGGCUUGCUGCCAGUAUUUCCAAGGGAAGUACCUAGAGCAAUGCAGAAAGAUCAAGUUCGUGAUGCGCCUCAUCGAACUCUACGCGCCUUACUUGUUCUUCAAAGCAUUUUAUGACGACAUGAACACGGAGAAACUCCGAAGAGCGGCGGAAGAGAGUGGUGUGGAGACGUUCUAUUUCGACCCCAAAAUCAUAAACUGGGAUCAGUAUUUCAUGGACACUCACAUUCCAGGAGUUGUCAAACGCGUCUUCAGAAACAAUUGAUCCAUAAUCUACACAUUAAAUUAUCGUCAUCAGAUUUAUCAAUUUAUGAUUUGUGUUGAUGUAUCAACUUAGUUUGGUAUUGAUUUGGUAAAUUACUCUUCACAAGCAAAUGAAGAUGCAAAACAUAUAUAGAUAUUGAUUUGGUAAAUUAAAAUAGAUCCAUUUAUCAUUUCCAA